AUGGCAUCGACUGCCUUCCCCAAGCUCGCCAGAAAGGCAAUUCUGAGUGACGGUACAACCUAUGGUUACAUUCACGUCCCUGCUACUGGCAGCAAACCCACAUUUCUCCUGCUCCAUGGCGCACCAAGCUCCAGUUAUAUUUGGCAUCACCAAGUCGAGCUAUUACCCAAGGCUGGCUUUGGUAUUUUGGUACCGGACCUUCUCGGCUAUGGCGACACGGACAAACCGGAAUCCUACGAGCCAUAUCAGAUGAAGUGUCUUGUUCCCCAAGUCCAUGAACUUGUGACCAAGGUUCUCGACACCCCAAAGGUCAUUGGAGUCGGGCAUGACUUUGGUGCCGGACUUCUUUCACACCUUUACGUGCACCACAAAGAGCUCUUCAGUCAACUGGUGUUCAUAGCAACUGGCUUCAUGUUUUUGGACUCGCCGUUUGAUCCUGACUCCGUGAUACAAAUGUCCAAAGAGAUUCUAGGAUACAGCACUUCUGGCUACGUCAAGGUCUUUAUAUCCCCUGAUGGCGCAACCCUGGUUGAGAAGAAUGACAGGCGCGUCGAUUCGCUUUUCUAUGCCCAGGACCCCAAAGUGUGGAUUGAAUACUUUGGGGAACCGGGAGGCUUUACCAAGUUCCUAGAGUCCGACAUCGAGAUUCCUGUUGCCCACUGGAUUUCGCCCGCCGAACUGGAGAUGCACAACAGAAUCUUGAGGGCAGGAGGAUACACUGGUCCUUUCAAUUGGUACAAGGCUGCUGUGUUUUGUGGACCAGCCAAAGAGGAUCAGGACUUGCCAGCGGAGGAGAAAACGAUCAAUAUUCCUACUCUCUUCAUCGCCACCCUUAAGGACUACGCAGUGAUCACUGAUAUGCACAUCCAAGAUCUUCGUGGGCUGGCAAAAGAUUUGAGGGUUGAGAAGCUCGACGUUGGACACUGGGCCAUGCUCGAGGGAAAAGAAAGGGUUGAGGCUCUUCUUGAGGAGGUUGGUAAUGCUCAGAUCAGAAAGUUGUGA